AUAAGAUAGCUCUAUCUUUUGCGCCAAACACGUCUUUCAGCCUGAGAUUAAAAAUCCUCCGCUCCAGAACACUAUGCUUUUCUCUUUGAAGGAGCUCUCUGUUCAGCCGCUCUUUAAUUUUUAAUUUUACUAUCAAAUCGAGGAAAUCACCCCUACUCAGCACUACAACUCCCUGCAGUUCUCAACUCAAUCAGGCCGCCGCCUUGCCCCGCCCCCGCCCCCGCCGCUGCUGCCACCAGAUCAUUCAUCAACGAAAGCUGUUAUUCAGCACAGAACCUGGACUCAAAUGCAUGCUACCAUUGGCUUUCCGCCCACGUCGUUGAAACGGAGCAGCCGAGGGUCAACAAGCUGGUCAAGGCGGCCAUAAACCUCACCAUGGAAGAAAUCACAUCAUCCGUAAUCCCGAAAAUUAACAACACAUUGUAUGAAAAGAGAGUUAAGGCCCUGUCGGAGAAAGAUAGAAAUAUAGCGUGCGGUUGCUUGGAGCACAUGGACGAUUCCAUAGGCAGAAUGAAGGACACGCUGGAUCAGAUGUAUGAUCUCACGCAAAAUGAUUUGGCGUUUCAGAUUAACAACCUGCAGACGUGGAUGAGUGCCGCGCUUACGAAUGUUGACACGUGUUUGGAUGACGAAACCCCAUCUGUGUCGGAUACUACGCUACAAACCUUGCUGAGGAGAUCAGUCGGGAACGUUAGAAAGCAUACAGUCAUCGCCCUCUCUUUGAUCAACUAUUUUGCCUCCAAGUGUUACUCAGACCUAGCCCCGGCCCCGGCCCCCACACAUUGAUAAAAAUGGAGGCCCCACCAUAUAAUAUAAAAAGAUGUACGUACUCUCUCGGAAAUAACUUCCCACUUUGACUAGAGCACAUUUUAGUGAAAAGUUAAAGUGAGUAGUUGGAUUUCCAAUAAUGUCCUUACAUUAUCUCAAAUAAUGUAAAAAUUACAAACUUUUUAUGUUAAUAGGAUGUACAUUUUGGGACAAUUAAAAAAAGAAAGUGAGAAG